AGAAUAUGACACAAGCCUGUACCACGGCGGCCUGCUUUGCAAAUCGCACGACAGGAUUCGCUUUGUGUGAUAUUGUAUUAUUAAGGGAGGGGGAGGGAAGGGAAAAAUCUCCGAGCGUGCGUUGUGCGUGUCCGACACGUGCGAAUACGAGGAUUUGAGGGACCAGGUGGCAUUUUUUUUGUGCGAUGCAUGGUGUGCGUUAUGUGUGUUACGGAGGAAAAGGGUUUAGCCUUUUCUUCCCCCACGUUUUUUUCCGUCUGCUCUCCUCUUCAUUCCCCCUCUUCCCAUCCCUUCCUGUCAGAUCUUAGGACAAGACGUAAGGAAUGGGAAAGGGGGGGAGGUGGGAAAGGUGGUGGGUGCGUUCCGAAACUCUUCGGACCAGAAAAAUGCCCCCCCCUUUUCCCUCAUCCUCCCAGUAAUUCCAUUCUUCCAACCCGGGCCAGGGCGAGAUUCACAGACGUAUUUUCCCCAUCGUUGAUGAAAAUAGUAAUUGCAGCAACGUCCGUUCGUUGGUGCAAGGGCAGGCAAAGGCGAAAGUCCAAUCUCGCGCCCUAUUUCGUCUCUGCCCAGCCCAUCCUUCUGGCUUUCCCUUCGCCGUCGCUAAGGGACAAACCCCUGCGCCGUGGCUUUCGUCAUAACACGGUCGUGAAGCAGAGUCGAUGGUCGAUGGGGCAGCAAAGGCCGUUUGCAGGAUAGCAUCAAGUGGAAGAAAACGGAAUGGUUGAGGCAGUCAUGUGGCGAACCGAGAUUCCCGCGAAAAAGGGAAAUCGUACGGUGGGCGCCCGCCGCCAUGCUUGCCCUGCUUGAACAACCAGGUACAGACCCCGUACAGUGCCUAGUUAAGGUAAAU